CAUUAUAGGCGAUUACGGCUUACGAAUGCUCCCUACAAAUAAGGCCAACAUUUCUCUCAUUUUUGCACAUCCAACUCUAGCUUAUAAUAUCGUAGUCCCUUUUUUCUAGCUAAGGAAAAAAAAAAUGAUUCUGGGGGGUGUGUUAGAUUCUGUGGGUAAAGUCGUCAAUGGGGUUACUGGGAAUAAGAAAUCGGAGAAAACCAUCACCGGCAGUGUUGUUUUAGUGAAGAAGAAUGUUUUGGACUUCACCGCCGUUCUUUCAACCGUAGCUGAUGGUGUUUUUGAGUUGGUAGGCCAAGGAGUCACUCUCCAGCUCGUCAGUGCAGAAAAUGCUGACCCUGCAAAUGGAAAUGGAGGAAAGCUGGGGAAGUUAGAAGGUUUGCAGAACUGGAACCUUACAUUUACACCUCCACUAGCAGGUGGUGAUUCCUUGUAUAAGGUUUCAUUUGAGUGGGAUGAGGAGCUCGGAACUCCUGGAGCUAUCAUCCUUCGAAAUAAUCAUGCUGCUGAAUUCUUCUUAAAAACCAUUACUCUUGAAGAUGUUCCUGGCGAAGGUCGAAUUCACUUUGUUUGCGACUCCUGGGUUUAUCCUGAUAAACAAUAUAAAACACCACGAAUCUUCUUCGCAAACAAGACGUAUCUUCCACAAGAGACGCCAGCACCACUGCGUAAAUACAGAGAACAAGAGUUGAAGGCCUUGAGAGGGGAUGGGACAGGAGAGCUCAAACUAGGAGAUCGUGUUUAUGACUAUGCUGUGUACAAUGAUUUGGGGAAUCCUGAUAAGGGUUCAGAACAAGUUCGCCCUAUUCUGGGAGGAUCUGCUCAGUAUCCUUAUCCUCGCCGAGGAAGAACAAGUCGACCACCAUCAAGAUCAGAUCCCAACACUGAGAGUAGGAAUUUUCUACCGACUAAUGUUUUUAACAUUUACGUCCCAAGAGAUGAGCAAUUUGGUCACUUGAAGAUGUCAGACUUCAUUGCUUAUAAUCUCAAAUCCUUGGUUAAUCAGAUCAUUCCGUUUUUUGAAGCUUUUGUGAACCAUACUCCUAAUGAGUUCGACUCCUUUAAGGAAGUAGACAACCUCUACUUCAAUGGAAUCCCACUUCCUACUGAUGCUCUCAAUCAACUCGCAAGUAACAUCCCUUUGGAGAUGACGAAGGAAAUUUUCCGAUCAGAUGGGCAACAACUCUUGAAAUUUCCAGUGCCCCGUGUGAUUGAAAAUAGGAGUAAUCCCACUGCAUGGAGGACAGAUGAAGAAUUUGCCAGACAAAUGCUUGCUGGAUUGAACCCUCUUCUCAUCCGUCUUCUCGAAGAAUUCCCUCCCGCUAGCAAGCUAGAUCCUGAAGUGUAUGGUCAUCAAGGCAGUUCUAUAACCAAAGAAGACAUAGAGUAUAACUUAGAAGGACUCAAUGUAGAAGAGGCACUGGGGAGCAAUAGGCUAUUUAUAUUGGAUCAUCACGAUACAGUUGUACCUUCUCUCAGGAGGAUAAACAGGGAUACCUCAGCAAAGAUGUAUGCUUCUAGGACACUUCUCUUUUUGAGAAGCGACAACACAUUGAAGCCGGUAGCAAUUGAAUUGAGCUUGCCACAUCCAGAAGGAGAUAAAUUUGGUGUUGUUAGCAAGGUGUAUACGCCAGCAGAACAUGGGGUUGAGGGUUCUAUUUGGCUGCUUGCUAAAGCUUUUGUAGCUGUGAAUGAUUCUGGUCAUCAUCAGCUAAUAAGCCACUGGUUGAACACUCAUGCAGUUUCAGAGCCAUUCGUGAUUGCAACAAACAGGCAGCUGAGUGUGGUUCAUCCAAUUUAUAAACUUCUCGAACCUCACUUUCGUGACACUAUGACUAUUAAUGCAUUAGCCAGGGAAUUGCUUGUGAAUGCAGAUGGAAUUAUAGAGAGGACAUUUUGCCCGAGAAAAUUCUCCUUGGAGAUGUCAUCAGAAGCUUACAAGAGUUGGAAUUUCAUGGACCAGGCACUCCCCAAUGAUCUCAAGAAAAGAGGAAUUGCAGUUGGUGAUAUAAAAUCCCUAGAUGAUAUUGAUCGGCUACUGAUAAAAGACUAUCCAUAUGCUGUUGAUGGGUUGAAGAUCUGGUUUGCAAUUGAAAAAUGGGUCAAAGACUAUUGCUCCUUCUACUACAAGACGGAUGAAAUGGUUCAACAGGACCCUGAGCUUCAAGCCUGGUGGAAGGAACUGCGAGAGGUGGGUCAUGGUGACAAGAAAAAUGAGCCAUGGUGGCCUAAAAUGCAAAGUCGUGAAGAACUGAUAGCAUCUUGCACCAUUAUCAUAUGGAUAGCUUCUGCUCUUCAUGCAGCUGUCAACUUUGGACAAUACGCCUAUGGAGGUUACUUCCCAAACCGUCCAACAAUAAGCCGUAGGUUCAUUCCUGAGAAAGGCACUCCUGAAUAUGCUGAGCUUCAGAAGAACCCUGAGAAGAUUUUCUUUAGAACCAUGAGUUCACAGCUACAGUCCCUCACUGUCAUUGCUGUGGUACAAAUGCUGUCGAACCACGCAUCAGAUGAGGUGUAUCUUGGACAACGAACCCCUAACUGGACAACAGAUGCAAUCGCAUUAGCUGCUUCUGAGGCUUUUAAUAGGAGACUUGCUGAAAUUGAAGGAGAAAUAUUAAAGAUGAACAUGGACAAGAAAUUGAGGAAUCGGGUUGGUCCUGUCAAUGUGCCAUACAAUUUGCUCUAUCCAACUGGUGAUGUUGGAAUUUCUGGCAAGGGAAUUCCAAACAGCAUCUCCAUCUAAUUAAACUGAGAGUUAAUGAAGGGCAUCAUCAUUGUAAUAAAUAAAUGUUGCUCUUUUAAAUAAAGCUGUAUUGGGGGCUUUGAUCUCCUAGCAGAAUUAGCACUUUUCUCUUUUAUUUGUAAUGUCAGGUAUGCCUCGGCUGAGGCUUCUCUCAAUAAAAAACUUCGAGAUUUUUUAU